CACACUGUUCAUCAGCUUUAUCUUUCUCUCUCUUUCCAUCAGGUUUGCUUAGACUGAGGGAAUAAUCGUAGGAAGCUCUGUUCAUCACCUCUUUUGGUCUCUCUUUCCUCAUCUCUUUUGAUUGAAAAAAUAUAUUGUGCGCAGAAGCUACGGCGAUACGAGCAGGAAACAAUGGUCUCCGCCCGCUUAAUUGAUGCUGAUGAUAGUUCUGAAGAUAUAACAACGAAGCCUAUUCCGGAGUUGAUGUUUGCAGCAGGGGAGGAGCCAGUAGGGAUUAUAGCUGCAAAAUGUGGAAAAGAAAAGCAUAUUUACGAAAAUAUAUGGAGCCAGGUAAUGUGAAAAACGUGGACCAAGAAUGUGGUGACACAACAUUUACUUCCUAUUUAUAUAACAGGUAACAAGAAUUUCAGUCCACAUGAUUAUAAUGGUAACACUAAUAUCAAAUCAUCUUUUGAUGAUAUUUUAUUUUUAUAUACUUUUUUUUUGCAGAAAUUGCUAUGUUUAAACAUUUAAAAGUUUUAUGGAUAUAUAUAAAACUAAAAGUUGAUGUCAGAUAUUACAAAUUUUAAAUUGAAGAAACAGUAGCUAUAUUUGCUAUUGACUAUUGGUCGGAAAAAAAUCUAAACCUGAAAAAUUAAAGCGAAUUCGAUCCAAAAAAUUAGUACCAAAUUUAAAUCGAAACUGGUUAAAAUAUCUGAAUGGAUUCAAAAUUUUGAAAUCUAGAGAACCAAACUCAAUCCUAAUUAAAAUAUUUCAGAUAUCCAAAUAUAUCUGAAUCAAAUCAGAUGUAUAUACUUUUUUUUGUGGGUAAUCAGAUGUAUAUACUAGAAUAUAUUAGCUAUUUUAGAUUUCAUAUCCAAAAAAAUAUCCAAAAUAUAAAAGUUAUUUUGAAGUUGUCCAAAAUAUUUAAAAAUAUACAGAAAUAGUCAAAAGUAAAGACCUAAAGUAGAUAAAAAUACUUAUAACACCAAAAAUACUUAAUAAAUAAAUAUGUAUAUAUAUAUAAUCCAUCCAAAUAUUCAACUCAAACCAAUUUUUAAUUUAAGCUUACAUUACUCAAAUUAAUAUGUUAUAUUUUUUUUGAUAAAUUUAAAGUAUAUAUGAGUUUUGACAUUUUAAAUAAUUUUUAAACAGAUUAUACAACGCGAACUGAAUCCAAAGAUCCGAAUCUGAACCAAAAUUUAUAAAUAUCCAAAUGGAGCUGAAAUCUUUAACCCAAUAAACCGAAAACUUAGGCAUGGACAUUUUAAUCUGAACCCGAAAGAACCGGAACCGACCAAAAAAUACUUGAACCGGAACCGAUCCAAAAUUUUAUAAGUACCUAUUGGAUCCAAAAUUCUUCUACCCGAAAGAACCGGACCGAAAAGAACUGAUCUGAAUAGACCCGGACCAAAAAGAAUCGAUCCAAAUAGAUCUGAUCCGAUAAGAACCAGUUCAUAACCGAAUUAAAAACAUGAAUAUCCAAAACUAUGUUUUGUAGUGUUCAAUUUUCUAUAAUUUUAUUUUAUGAUUUAGUUGAGAUAUUUUUUGUUAACAAUAUUUGUUAUUAUUUUUGUAACAUUUUCAAGUAAUAGGAAGUUUUAAAUAUAAAUUUUAAAAAUAUUUUAUUUUAAUAGUUUAUUUAAGUUAUUUUGUAAUAUUUUAGAUAUACUUGACAUGUUUUAAUUAAAUUUGAUGGAAUUUUACGUAUUUCUUGUCUUUUUAGAUUCUAAAUACCCCAACUCGACCCAAAAAAUAGAAAUUCCCUUCGAUGACUCUUUUUAGUUUAUCUUCACAAAAAUAACAUUCAUAGAGCAAAAAUGAUCAAAAUAGGUUUUAUUAAAAGAUAAAAUAUGCAUUUAUACUAUUUUUGAUUAACUAAUCUAGGCUUAAGGUUUAAAGUUAAGAGGUAGAUUUUGGUAUGGGUUUCAAAUUUAAAAAAAUAAAAAAAAUAUUAAAAUUUUCAAAACGAAAAAAAACUAUUUUGGUCAUUUUAUUUUUUGAAUGCUAUUUUGUGACAAAUUCAAAAAAAAACUAUUCGAGAGAAUUUUCUUCCAAAUGGACCGAAACAACCAGAACUGCCACCCCUACUACUUGGUCAUAUAUAAUCUUUGGUUAUAAACUUUUAAUAUAGAUAAGAAAGGAAGGAAAUAUCACAAAUAGGCCCCACGUCCCAAAUCCAACUCGCGUGAGACAUAAACAUCUUCUGUUUUGUCUGCUUGUUUUUCCCUCCCUGUAUAUAAAGUUAUAAACACAAUAGAGUGUAAUCUCCCUUCAUCAACCUCAAUCUUCUCUUCUUCAAUUCCGUUAAAGCUCCCUCCUUUCCGUCUCCGUUUCUUUUCAUUUUCCCGAGAAACUUCACAUAAGAUGCCUGCUAUAGCUUGCGUCGAUACUGGUUACGUUUUUUCCGGCGAUAGCUCUCUCCCCACCGCCGCUGACGUGUUUAUCCCGACCUCACCAACUUCCACCUUCUCCGACAUCUCUUCCCGUUGGAAUCCCUCUCUCUCCGCCUCUCUCUACCGCAUCGACUGUUGGGGAGCUCCUUACUUCACCGCCAACUCUUCCGGUAACAUCUCCGUCCGUCCUCAUGGCUCCGACACGCUUCCUCACCAAGACAUCGAUCUUCUCGAAGUCGUUAAGAACGCGACGGAUCCCAAACCCUCCGGUGGUCUGGGGUUGCAGUUCCCUCUCAUCGUACGGUUCCCUGACGUGUUGAAGAACAGGCUCGAGUGUCUUCAGUCUGCGUUUGAUUCCGCGGUUAAGAGCCAGGGGUACGGUUCUCAUUACCAAGGUGUUUAUCCGGUUAAAUGCAACCAGGACCGGUUCAUCGUGGAGGAUAUCGUGAAUUUCGGUUCUUCUUUCCGGUUUGGUUUGGAAGCUGGUUCUAAGCCGGAGAUCCUACUCGCUAUGAGUUGCUUGUGUAAAGGUAACCCUGAUGCCUUUCUUGUCUGCAACGGAUUCAAAGAUAGUGAAUAUGUUUCUUUGGCUCUCCUCGGGAGAAAGCUUGCGUUCAACACUGUGAUUGUGCUCGAGCAAGAACAUGAGCUUGACCUGGUUAUCGACCUUAGCCAGAAGAUGAACGUGAGGCCUGUCAUUGGGUUAAGAGCUAAGCUUAGAACCAAACAAACUAAUCAUUACGGGUCAAACUCAGGUGAAAAUGGCAAGUUCGGAUUGACUAGUAGUCAGAUUGUUCGUGUCGUGACGAAGCUUAGGGAGUCUGGUAUGCUUGACUGCCUCCAGCUCUUGCAUUUUCACAUUGGCUCAAUGAUUCCAUCGACUUCGUUGCUCUCUGAUGGUGUCUCCGAAGCUGCUCUUAUUUACUGUGAGCUUGUGCGUCUUGGUGCACAUAUGAGAGUUAUUGAUGUUGGUGGUGGUUUGGGGAUUGACUAUGAUGGGUCUAAGUCUGGACAAGCUGAUCAAUCUGUUACUUAUACACUCGAGGAGUAUGCUGAAGCUGUUGUAUCUUCCAUCAGGUAUGUGUGUGACCGGAGAUCGGUGAAACAUCCGGUGAUAUGCAGUGAAAGUGGAAGAGCAACAGUUUCUCAUCAUUCUGUGCUGAUCUUUGAAGCUGCCUCGUCAGUUAAACCAACGGCUCAUCAACCGAGUGCUGCUGUUGAUAUUCAGUUCCUGCUCGAAGGUGAGGAGGAUCUAUACGCAGCUGUGAUGCGUGGAGACCAAGAAAAGUCUCUACUUUACGUGGAACAGCUGAAACAGAGAUGUGUUGAAGGUUUCAAAGAUGGUGUUUUGAGCAUCGAGCAGUUAGGUUCUAUUGAUGGGUUAUGCGAAUGGGUUUUGAAGGCUAUAGGCGGGUCUGAUGCGGUUCAGACUUACAACAUCAACCUAUCGAUUUUCACUUCGACUCCUGACCACUGGGGGACGGUGGGACAGCUGUUCCCUAUAGUUCCUAUCCAUAGGCUUGAUGAAAAGCCUGGGGCUCGUGGGAUCUUGUCUGAUUUAACUUGUGACAGUGAUGGGAAGAUCGUUAAGUUCAUAGGCGGCGAGUCUAGCUUGCCGUUGCAUGAGAUAGACAGCUAUGGAGGUGGGGGAAGGUACUUAUUGGGUAUAUUCCUUGGAGGGGCCUAUGAAGAGUCUAUGGGUGGAGUUCAUAAUCUGUUUGGUGGGCCAAGCGUUGUCCGUGUCUCUCAGAGCGAUGGACCACAUAGCUUUGUUGUAACCAGAGCCGUGCCUGGCCAAUCCUCUUCUGAUGUUCUUCGAGCAGUGCAGCAUGAGCCUGAGCUAAUGAUUCAGACACUAAAGCACAGAGCAGAGGAAGUGAUGCAUACCAAAGGAGGUGGCCAAGAAGACGAAGAUGAGAAUGAGUACAAGAAUGUGGCUGCUUGUCUUGACCGUUCGUUCCACAACAUGCCGUAUCUCGCGACCGAGGAGGGCAUCAUUGAGUAACUACUCUCUUUCAGCUGCGAUCAAUAACCUUGGCUUUUACUACUGCAAUCAUGACGGCUUUGAUGUGGUUUGUAUUUGCAGUUCAGUUAUCAUUUUAAGUUUAUUCAAUAAAUUAUCGGAAUAAUGAUACGACGUGAUCCUUAGUUGUAUUUGUGCAAGGUUUUUAAUUUUUUUUCAAUAAAUUAUUUGUGGUUUGUUUUGUA